AUGAAGAAAUUCAUCCCCAUUCUUUCAUACCUCUUUGCCUUCGGGCUAGCUGACCGGGAAAGUCGAGAUCUCCCAGACGGGCUCCCAGUUGGCCUUCACGCAGAGUACGUUCUUCCCGGCAGUGAGGAGCGUAUUCAGCUCUGGCUCCCAGAGCAUGAUGGGCCGGUCAAAACAAAGCAGCUCACCACGGCUUUUGUUCCCACCGUUCACUAUGAGCGUCGUAUCGACCAUUCUGGUCUGUAUGAGCGCGACAUCUGCGCCUACAUUACAGACUGCGCAGGAAGGGCCUACUCAACUGCAGCAGCCUGGGGCGCCGUCGCCAAAGUAGCUACUGUAACCACUUGCCAAGGAGUGGCUGGCGCUGUUAGCGAUUAUCUCACUGAGAAUAACUACGCAAAUACCAAAGACAUUAUCAUUAAGGGCGUAGUUGUUGGCAUUGCUGUCAACUUGGCGUCGGUGGCGCCAGGAUACUGGAUCAAUGCCAAACUAGAAGCCACCAACGCUGAUACCAACGGACGCAAUGAUAUUUGCGGUGAAAAGGACCCCAAGACGUUUUCCGGCAAUGCUGCCAGUGCCGUCUAUGAGUUCUGCCUCUCUAUACAGAAAGAGCAGAAGGAGCAGGCUACGGCCAACUUUGACACCCUUGACACCACUGAUGGAAACGGUAAUAACCGUGGUGGCUUCCAAGGGCGUGCUAAGCUAUUCAUCUCGGAACAGGCAGCUACUUGGGGUGAUAUCUGCCGUAAUGAUUAUGGAAUUGACUGGAAGGCUAAGAUGCGUCGCACAUUCGGUGGUCUUACUGCCAACUGA